ACCAGAGCAGAGCAGAGAGCAGAGAGCUGCUGAGCGCACAAACCCGCAUCCUCCUACCGCUCCACCUGUCCCGGGACUGAUCCCCGCUGAGAGGAGACAUAACCCCCGCUGAGAGGAGACCUGACCCAAGCUGAGAGGAGACCUAACCCCCGCUGAGAGGAGACCUAACCCCCGCUGAGAGGAGACCUAACCCCCGCUGAGAGGAGACCUAACCCCCGCUGAGAGGAGACCUUACCGCAGCCAUGCUGAAGAAGAAGAGCAAGUCCACCGCCAUCACGCAGCCCCGGGCCACAGCUCCCUCCACCGAGCUGAGCGCUCUGAUCGAGAAGCUGCAGAAGAAUGCUGACAAAGUGGAGAAGAACAUCACUGAUGUGGAGCAGAACCUUAACAAGGACGUGAGCAAGAUCAACGACGGGAAGCAGCCGCUGUACCAGGAUGACACCAACAAGAGAAUCCAGAACUCCCUGGAGCUGCUCACGGGUCUGGACGAGGACGCCGUCAACGCCAAGCGCCUGCAGCACCCCCAGGCAGAGAUGAUUGAACAGGACAUGAGACAACUGCGGGACCGAGUGAUGAAGCUGAAGGAGGACCACGACCGCAUCUACCAGCUGAUCCGCUCUGAGGGGCUGCCCAGCAUCAACUGGGGCAACAUGAUCGACGAGAAACAGGACAUCCUGAACGGCAAGAGCUUUGGCCAGGACCUGCCCUCGCUGGAGGCCGAGGUGGAGGAGCACAACAUCUUCCACAGUGAGGUGGAGGCCCUGGCUCCUCACAUCUCCGCCAACGGAGACAAGGAUUACGUCAGCAACCUCCAGAUGAAAUACAACAAACUGCUGGCUAGCUCCAGCGCUCGCCAGCGCAACCUGCUGAGCCUGCGCGACUUCAUGCAGCGCUGCACCAACGAGCUGUACUGGAUGGACCAGCAGGCUGACGAGAGGAUCAACUACGACUGGAGUGACGCCAACCUGGACCACCCGGCCCGCCAGAGGCAGUACCAGAAUUUCAUCAGUAAAUGUCUGGAGUCCAAGGAAGCCACCGUGACCAAGCUUAAUGACGACAGAGAUAGGCUGGACGCUGAAGACCAUCCCGGCAAGAACGUCAUUCAGGCUCACAUGGAGGCGGUCCACGCCGACUGGAAGGAGUACCUGAACCUGCUCAUCUGUGAGGAAAACCACCUGAAGCACAUGAAUGAAUAUCACAAGUACCACAAAGAGGCCCGGGACACCCAGGACCUGCUGAAGCGUCUGGAGACGGAGGUCAACCAGAAGUACAACCCAGAGUUCAAAGAUGUCUACCAGACGGAGGGCCUGAUCAGAGAGCUGGAGGACCAGGCCAAGGCCAUGGAGCACUUCGACGAGCGCGUCAAGGCCCUGCAGAAGCGCAGCCUGCAGGUUCUGCCCCUGAAGUACCGCAGGGAAACCCCGCAGAAGCUGCUGCCCGUUGAAGCUCUGUGUGAGUUUGACACAGAUGAGGGUCCGAUUCUGCGCGGGGAGCGCUACACCCUGCUCCGGAACAACGGCACCAAAUGGGACAUCAAGGACGCAGCAGGACACAAGGUCACCGCCCCGGCCGUCUGCUUCAUGACCCCCCCCACCGACCCCGAGGCCGUGGCCAUCUCUGACAACCUGGCCAGCCAGCAGAAAGCCAUCAAGCAGAAGAUGGCGAGCAGCAAGGCCACGCUGCAGAAACGCUUCGACGAGCUGAAGAAGGAGAGCGGGGCUGGCACAGCUACAGACAAGGACGAGCAGCAGUGCCGCCAGCUGAUGGCCGGGCUGGACAAGGUCUCCAGUGACCUGGACAAGCAGGAAAAGGCCAUUAAAGCUCGAGUGCGCCCCCCGCUGGAGCAGAACCGGCCCCUGCAGGACAGCGCUGACCGCCUGCAGGACAUGAAGGACGUCUCUGCAGCUGUCAGUAAGAUCAAACCAGAAAAGACGUCCAAAGUAGAAGCAGCAAAGAGCUUCCUGACCUCCAAACCCAGCUGUCCUAGCGCUCCCCAGCUGCACAGCAAGGUGGACGAGGCCAACAAGAAGUUCAACAAGGUGGAGCAGCUCCUGCAGUGCUCCCAGGACAAACUGAAGAAUUCCAACCACCUGGAGACGUCUAUUCAGAAUGCGAAGACAGUUCUGUCCACGUACGAGAACAAGCUGGCCAGGGAGGAGGUGGCUCCGGCCGACGUCAGCUCGCUGGACAAAACUCAGCGGGAACUUGCAGAUGUUGGAUCAAACCUGAGGUCCCAGAGGUCGGUGAUUGCAGACAUGGAUCAGAACCUGCGCUCAGCCAAAGGCAGCUGCGACGACAUGGCCGUCAAGUUCCAGGAGCACUGCCCUGAUAUUGAGAGACAGGAAGCUGACGUGCAGAAACUCAACAAGCGUUUCAACAACCUCAACAAGCAGGUGGACGGCAGGUCUCAGAGCCUGCAGAGAGCCAAAGUGGGAUACAACAAUUACCGCAACAAUUAUGACAAUCUGAACAGCUGGUUGUCUCGUGUCCCCAACUAUGAGCCCCGUGAAACUGACGAUGUGAGACAAGUGGAGACCAAGCUGAAGAACCAGAGGAACCUGCUCUCUGAUAUCGCAAGAAAGGAGUCUGACUUGAACAGCGUCUCCAAAAACGCCCAGGUGUACCAGCAAGCAGUCAAAGACUACGAGAAUGAGAGUGAGAAGUUCCGGUCCAUUCUGGACCUGGAGGACGGACUUGUGUCUCAGACCUACAAGAGGAGCAGACUGGAGUCUCCUGCCAUGGUGGUCAAGGCCGAGGAAGCUGCUAUCGAGGCCAAGUUUACUGAGGUGAAUGCUGUGAACAAGCAGAGGCUGCAGAACCUUGAGUUUGCCCAAAGUCUUCUGAACCAGCAACCCGAGGUUCCCAUGAUCCAGGCAACCAACGUGAAGUCGGUUCACGCCGCCGCCCCGGGAGAGGAGCCCUGGAGAGUCAGGAAGCAGCUGGAAGAUGAGGUCCAGAGGAGAGAGCAGCUGGAAAAAGAAAUCGAGACCAUUCAGACUGACAUUUAUCUGCUGGAAGGACAGAAACCUCAGGAUACGAUUGUCAAGAAAGAGCUGAUUAAGAAGGUUCCGGACCCCCAGCUGGAUGAGGAAGUUCACAAGGUCCAGCAGAAGCUGUCAGAGGAACGCCGCACCACCCACGUCCUGGAAAAUGACCUGGAGGUGCUGAAGCUGAAGUUGCGUGGCCUUGAAACAGAGAUCAAAGAAGGGGCUCAGCAGUACACCGUGAAGGAGGUUCUGCGUAUAGAAAGAGACCGAGGGCAGGAGGAGGAGGUUCGCAAGCUCCGGGAUGAGCUGGAAGAGCUCAGAAGGCAGAAACUUGCGAAAGACAAUGAGCUGAUUGAGAUCCAGAGGCAGGUGACGGUCUUAGCCGAGGAGAAGAACAAGGAGCAGGAGGUGAUCACCGAGGAGGAAGUGGUUAAGGUCCAGAAUGACCCCCAACUGGAAUCAGAGUACCGUGUGCUUCUGGACAGGAAACAGAAAGAAAUGGAUAGCAGGAAACAGCUGGAGGACGAACUGCACUUUCUCCAAGAGAAGCUCAAGAGGCUGGAGAAGGAGAAGGCAAUGGCAGAGGAGAAGAUCUCCAUCAAGGAGGUGUUGAAAGUGGAGAAGGACGUCGCCCUGGAAAGAGAAAUAGAAAACCUCAGGAGGCAGUAUGAGGAUGAAAAGACCAAAAGAAGAUCAUCUCAGCGAGAAAGGGCUGACCUCCAGAGGAAAAUCACAAGUCUGGAGGAGGAGAAGUCCAAGGUGGUGACUCAGGAGAAGGUCCGAGAGAUCGUCCGCCCCGAUCCGAAGGCUGAGAAUGAGGUUGCAAACCUCCGUCUGGAAAUGGUGGAACAUCAGGGGCGCUAUAGAGAUGCAGAGUUCCAGCUCAAAUCCCUCCAGGAUGAGCUGAGCAUGCUGAGAAACAGAGGACCUCAAGUGGAGGUCAAAGAGAUCAUCAAGGAAGUCAUCAAAUACAAGACGGAUCCUCAGACUGAGAAAGAGCUGGAAAGACUUCGCAAUGAGAUUGUUGAUAAAACCCACCAGACUGAGAAAUCGGAGAUGGAAAUUCGCCAACUUAAUAAUGAAAUCGGAAGAUGGAAGGAGACAAAACCCCAAGUGCAGACUAAAGAGGUGGUCAAUGAAGUUCUGCAGUACAGAGAGGAUCCCAAAACCAAGGAAGAGAUUGAGACCCUGAAGAAGAAGCUGGCCGACGAGCAGACGAAGAGACUGGAUCUUGAGAGAGAACAGUCGACCCAAGAAGACAAGAUUAGAGUCAAGAAGAUGGACCUGUCUCAGGUGCGAGAGAAGAUUGUUCAGCAAGAAGUGGUCAAGAUGGAAGAAGACGUUGUUCUCAAAUCAGAGUGCAACACCUUCUCACAGAACAUCAGCAACGAGCAAAAGCAAAAGGAGAAUCUCAAAGCCGAGCUCUUCCAGCUGCAGAGGCAAAUCGCCGACCUGGACAUGCAACUGGAGGAACUGGAGCGCGAGCGAAGGGCAAGGCGCGAUGCAGAACUGGAGAGCCAGAGGCUUCGGGUCAGACUCAACGAGCUGGAGAUCCGCGACAAAGAGAACCGGGAGAAGGUGACCGUCAAGCAGAAGGUGGUCCUGCAGCAGGAUCCCCAACAGGAGAAGGAGCACUCCAUCCUCAGACUACAGCUGGACGAAGAGCGGCAUAAACGCACUCUGCUUGAGAAAGAGUUGAACGCCCUGGUCCAGCAGCAGCUCACCCUGGAGAAGGUAGACGUGAAGGAAAGGGUCGUUCGCACGGAGAAGGUCCAAGUGGAGAGAGACCCAGAGGCCGAGAUUGAGAUCGAGGACCUGAGGAGAACUUUGGACGAUGAGAAGAGGAGAAAACGUGAACUUGAGCAGGAGUUGACGGGUCUCACUUCCAAGUUCUCUGACAUGGAGUUUUCCAACACCAAGUCUAGCAAAGAACUGGACUACAUCCGUGACGAGAGUAACCGCCUGCAGCAAGAAAACCAAAGGCUGCAGAACGAGAUCCGCAAGCUUCGCUCUGAGAUCGAGAUCACCACCAAAGAGACUCGGCUGAUCACCGACUCUGCGCCAAGAGAGGAUGGGAAGAACCUGGAGCUGAGGCUCGACUCGCUGCAGAAGGAACUGGGAGACCUGAAAAAGGUAACGACCCAGAAGGACGACGAGAUUGAGAAACUCCAGAAGAACUUGGUGGCCGUGAGACAGAAAAGAGAGCAAAGAGAGAGCCAUCUGCGCAGGUCCAUCGUUGUCAUCGACCCAGACACGGGCAAAGAGAUGAAACCGGAGGAGGCGUACAAGCUGGGCUUGAUCGACUGGAAGAUGUUCGUCAACCUGCAGAGCCAGGAGUGUGAUUGGGAGGAGAUCACGGUCAAGGGUCCCACCGGGGAGUCCUCAGUGCUGCACGACAGGAAGUCGGGGAAGAAGUUCUCCAUUGACGAUGCGUUGCGUCUUGGGCACAUCACCAAGCGACAGCUCCAGCAGUACAUAGAUAAAGAAAUCACCAUUCAGGAGUUUGGUGUUAUGGUGUCGGGCAAGACAAAGUAAACUUUCUAAAUUCAUUUUCUUGGUAGAAGAAUGAAUCUGCUUCAACUCAUUUGGGCUCGUGUAAAGGUCUCCAUGUUCCUCGUUGUCCUUCCACUCUCACCUUAACUCGGUGGUGGCUCAGCUGACUUUUCUUCUUUGUCCUUCUCUCCUGAGUUCAAAAUGAUUUUCGUUUUUUUGUCAUUAUGCAUAUUCAGUUUUGUGGCUCUGGCAUGGGUAUGUGGAUUUAUAAUUUAACUGUUACAUCCAUUUACAUGAGGCUGGAGGGAAAAUUAUUCUGAUUAUUAUCUUUGAUUUGUUUGAGUUGGUGCGAGGAUCGACAGCAUAUCCCACAUGUGAUGUGAUUUUAUUUAUGGUGAAUGUGUGCUCUGCAGAUUUGAAUAAAAGUCAAAUUGAGAAAUUCA